UACUAUAUCGCUAGCUUCUGUAUUCUAUGAUUAGCCGCUGUAGCUGUAGCCUCUGUAGCAUCGGUGAUAACGAACAAAGAGGUUUCGUUAAUGCAUUACUGGCUUGUGAGAUGUAGUGAUAACAUAGCGCGUUGACCACUUUUGCGUAGACCGUGCUCGAAAGAAAGCGAAAGUCAGCUGAAAGCAGCAUCAGUCGCAGCAGGGAUCUUGUUCGCGGGCUUUUAACCAUACUCGCGAACAGUUACUUCGUGCAUUGAUUCCUGGUGUUAUUACUGCAUUGUGUAUGGCACCUUCAAGAAGAUCAGCCGUGCCCAAAUGUAAACUACAGCGUGUGUCAUCAGCUCGUGUUUUCCACAUCAACGUCGUUUAGCUUGACCGGCGAAGGUUUGUGGACGUAGCCAGUGGUUGGCUGUAUUCGUGUGGCUUGACUAGCGCCAUGUAUGAAAUGCUUAGAAUACUGGCCCAUUCCUCGUCUUCAAGCCACACGAACUGUGGCCGGAUCCGAGUAUUGUGAAUGUCGUGUGCAUUUACGUUCGUUUCUAGUGCCUUCAGAACAUAGAGAUCUCUGAUGACGUAAAGACACGAAAAGGAAAAUUUCUGACCAUGGAUCAACCCGACGUCUCAAGCUCCAAGACAGCCGAGGAAGGCUGUUCGACUGCAGUGGAGCCAGACUUGCUGAUGCCUGUGAUAAGUUCUAAAAACUCAGCAGUUUGGCAUCCUGCGAUGACGGUUGAGGAGAUUGCCAACCUUCGUGUCCUGUGCACAUCCUGUGGAGCUCAGCUUGACCACCAUUGCAAGAGGAAGUUCCGCAAGCACAAGCUUCUUAAAGUAAUUGUUUGCAAACGGUGCUACCAGUACUAUGGUGAUGGCCAGCUUCGAAACUGAAGGCAGUGACAGUGACGAGUACUGCAGUUGGUGUGCUGAAGGUGGUAUUCUGGUUUUGUGUGACCACUGUGGCCGUGUCUUCUGCAGAGACUGCAUUCGUCGCAACUUCUCCUGCCAGGAGCUGGACCGGAUCGAUUCACUGGAGGAGUGGCAGUGCUAUGUGUGUGAUCCUACUCCACUUGAACCUCUGGUGAAUUAUGCUAGCAUGAUCAUUAGCUACAGUCGGCAGCUAAAGAAACAGCUGGCAUCAAGCACUCACAGCAAAAAACCAAAGCUUUCUGAAGCGGAUCUGAAAAACUUUGUCCUGAAAAAGGCAAAGGAAAUUAAGCGCUCCCUCUCAGAGCUAGUCAAUCGACAAGAUGGGUUCCUAGUGGAUGCAAGCAAGCUGCUUCGUGACCAUGCUAGCAGCUUGUCUCGCAUAGCGGAAAAUGUGGAAAGCUGUCAGAGGCGACAGCUGAGGUCCGUUAAACGUGCCAAAAAGAAGAAAGGUGGUAAGGAUGGUUGCCUGGAGUCUUCUCCAUCAGUGAACUAUCAGCCAGUUGGUUUUAAGGCACCUGGGAACGAAAGGCUAAGUGCAAUCGAUAAAGAACAGAAUCAUAUCAGUGGAUCUGAUCAAGUCAACAGGAAAGUCAAGCAAGUGCAAGAGAGGAAUGAGUUAUGCUCUCAAGAUAAAAUCAACAGUCCAGAAGUUAGCCCCAGGACUGAAAUACUGAAUGUGUCUGCAAUUAUGACAGAAACGGGCACAGAAGGAUGUUCUGUAGGUUCUACAGCAGAAAAUGAGCAUGAUGCAACUUGUGGAACUCUGAAUAUCCCACCAACUCUCAGCAUGGGUGACGAAUUUUCAUCCGUGGCUCCAAAUAUCAAAUGUGAUGAUGUUUCCGAGAGCCUUGUUGCAGAUCUCAACAUGGAGAACAGCAGUGACCGCUGCAGCAUGUCUUCCAGGAAUGACAACAAGGAGACUACCAUUGCCAUAGUUAAAACUGAAAACAUUGAAGUACCGUCCAGUGGAAAUGCUAGCUCUGUUGCAGAUGUACUCAACCCUUCUUCAAGCAUCAGCACUUUUGAGACUGGCAAUAAGUCCGUAGCUUUUAAGUUUGCGUUUGUUAGGAAAGAGAAAACUAAAAGCAGCACUGAUUUGUCUUCUUCAGAAGACAGCAGCACUGCUUUUUCUUCUGAAGAAGACAGCAGUGUAACAAGUGAGAGCUCCCAAACAGUUGAGGAGCGGGAGCAAAAGACGCAUCUUUCCACUCACAGGCAGUUUAAUGAUCGCAAAAAGAGGCGCACCACAGUCGGAAGUUCUGCUCAAGCAAAACGCUCACGAUAUUCUAGUUCGCUGUUAAGUGAUUCCACUAACUCAUCAAGUGAUUCUGGUGAAGAUUGGGAUGAUGAGUGGCGUGACUCAUCACGGAGGAAACCCUGCGCUCGGAAGCGCAAGGCUCCUGCAAGGAGAAAGCUUGCUUCUCGUUCGCCACCUUUGUCGAAAGAGGUUAUUAGGAGCUAUCUUGAGGAGGCAUUCAAGAGGUAUCAGGACCCAAAGCUUUUAAUGAAUGUGACUGUGGACCUAGAAUGCCUUCCUGUUGAUCAUUCACUCAGUGCUACGAAGAGGAUGAUGACUGACAUUGAUGAAUCGAACAGUGUAGAAGAACUACAGGAUGCCUGCAACAAUGCAAAGAUGUGGUUGUAUGAUUCAAGUAAUGACGGUGAAGAGCAAGACAGACCACUGAAGCCACAUGAUGGUUACGAAGAGGGAGCCGGCGUGUCACCAACAAAGGACCCUGAUGGCAAAGGACGCAGGAACAUUCGCAAACUCAUCUCUGACGAAGAGCUUGCUCAACAGACUAAGGCAGCUGCGCAGGCUGAAGAGGAAAGAAAGCAACGCAUUGCUGAAAGGCAGAAACUGUACUACGAAGUCCUUGGAACUCAACCCUAUGAUGCCGACGUGACAGUGAAGGAACUGGUGCUUGAAGUGGACCUGCAGACGAAGGAACCCCUUGUGCAAGUCAAUGAAAAGCUCGUCAAGUUCAUGAAGCCCCAUCAGGUCAAAGGUGUCAAGUUCAUCUAUGACUGUGUCAUUGAGUCAUUGGAGAUGCUGAAGAAGGACCCAGAAAAAGGAUCUGGCUGCAUCUUGGCUCAUUGUAUGGGACUUGGAAAAACAUUCCAGGUGAUAUCUUUCUUGCACACCAUGAUGACCCACAAAGAGGCUGGUCCCUUGCUUAGCACUGCUCUCGUUGUGUGCCCUUACAACACUGUGCUCAAUUGGGCUAAUGAGUUCGAGCACUGGUUACACAGCAAUGGCCUGGACAUGAAGGUGUACGAAGUGUCCUCCAUGAGAGCAGAUAUUCUGAGGCUGGAGGCCCUGGAGAGGUGGCACAGUGAAGGUGGUGUGGCCAUUAUUGGCUACAGCAUGUUCUGCCUUCUUGUUAAAGGAAGUGGCAAGCGCAAGAAAAAGGCAAUGAUCACCCGGUACAGGAGAGUCCUCCUUGACCCAGGGCCACAGCUUGUAAUUUGUGAUGAAGGGCAUGUGCUGAAGAACGAUAGCACUGGCUUGUCCAAAGCAUUGAGUACCUUGAAGACUGGCCGGAGAAUCGUCCUGACUGGAACGCCAUUGCAGAACAACCUGAAGGAAUAUCACUGUAUGGUGAGCUUUAUUAAGCCAGGCCUUCUUGGAACCAAGACUGAGUUUAUUAACCGAUUUGUGAACCCUAUUGCCAAUGGGCAGUGUGCGGACUGCACUGUCCAUGAUGUAAAGCUGAUGAAAAAGAGGGUGCAUGUUCUUCAUCGUCUUCUCGAUGGAUGUGUGCAGCGCUGUGACAAAAGUGCCCUGGCUCCGUACCUGCCGCCCAAGCACGAUUAUGUUAUCAGAGUACGUCUAUCAGACAAGCAAGUGUCGCUGUAUCGGCACUUUCUGGAGCACCUCGCUCAAGGCCCCAGCCAGCAACGACGCGGCAGCAUGUCACUCUUCACCGACUUUUACAUGCUCCAGAACAUCUGUACACACCCACUGCUGCUUGAGCUAAUGGAUGACAGGGCUGCAACCAGGGAAUUUCUCAAGGAUGAUGAGGAUGAUGAAGAGAGCGACAGUGCCAUCCCUUUCAUUGAUGAAGUUACACACUCAGAAAAAAGCACCUCAGAUGCGACUGAUGAGGAUGUUGCCAUAAGCUUGGAUAAUGGCGAGCCUGCAGCGGUAUUGAAAGAAGGGUGUGAAAAGAAUGACAUUGAUGGUGAAAGUGGGGAUGUCAAGUCUGCAUCAGCAUACCACACAAGGAGUCGAGGCAAUGUGGGCAGUCGGCCACCCACACCACCAGGACCAAAAAAGAAGCAAUGGUGGGAUGAAUAUGUCUCUGAAGAAGACAUUGAGAAGCUGCAGAUCAGUGGGAAAAUGACCUUGCUCUACAACAUCCUCCAGGAAUGUGAUGCUAUUGGUGACAAAGUUUUAUUGUUCAGCCAGAGCCUGCUGACUCUGGACUUGGUGGAGAGGUUGCUUGAGCAGUGUGAUGGGCGGACAACAACAUGCGACACUGAGACAGCCGACACAGACCCCGCAGACCCAUUGAAAGACUGCCACAACACGUGGGUGCCAGGCAUUGACUAUUUCCGCUUGGACGGUGCAACAUCGGUGGAUGUGCGUGCACGUUGGAUCAGCAUGUUCAAUGAUGAAAACAACCAUCGUGGUCGCCUGUUUCUUGUCUCAACAAGGGCAGGCUCGCUGGGCACUAAUCUUGUGGGUGCGAACCGUGUGGUGCUCAUGGACGCCUCGUGGAACCCUACACAUGAUGUACAGGCCAUCUUCCGCGUGUAUCGGUUUGGCCAGAAGAAGCCAGUUUUCAUCUAUCGCCUGCUUGCACAGGGUACUAUGGAGGAGAAGAUCUACAAUCGUCAGGUGACUAAACAGGCACUGUCAUGCCGUGUGGUGGACAAACAACAGGUUGAGCGUCUCUUCAAUGCAGCUGAGCUUCUUGACCUGUACACAUUCAACCCAGUAAGCAAGGAUGAUCCUCGGCCCACUCCUAAGGUGCCAAGCGACCGGCUUCUGGCGGAGCUGCUGAUUCACAACAAAGACUGGAUUGUGUCCUACCAUGAGCAUGAUUCUCUGCUUCAGAAUGUCACGGCAGAGGAAUUGACAGAAGAAGAGCAUAAGUUAGCCUGGGAAGAGUACAAGAACGAGCGUGAGGGGCGACUCACUGUAGCUGUCACUUCAGCAGAGACAGACACUGCUUCAACACCUGCACUGGCAACUGGGGCAGCACCAGCAAAAGCAACCAGCCUACGUGUGGCAUCAUGCAAACUCUCUCGGGCUGGCACGAACAAAGCUAAAAGAAUUCGUAAGCCAAAGAGAACUCUUCGAAUACCGGAACAAGUGCCCAUGAGCACUGUGGCAGCAGCACCAGCUACAUCUAUGCCAAUGUUGGCAACCUCAGCAAUGGGAGUGAUGACGACUACAAGCAGCCUGCAAUUUGCGGCGCAGAGUUUCACUGGCACAAACAUGACCAAUGUGCUCACGUCGCCAAGGAUUGUACAAGUACCAAUACAAGUGGCCAUGAAUACGGUAGCAGGUGAACCAUUGCGAAGGAACCCAUCAGAAUCGAUGGCGGCGUCAGCAACAGCAAGAGCAGCCAACCUGCAGCUGAUAUCGCAGACGUACCUCGAUGCAUGUGCAGUGAAACAACUUCGAGUUCCAACAAUAAUACAAGUACCAGCAGCUAUGAACCCUACUGCAGCAACAACCUCUGCAAAAACAGCUGUGGCAUCAUCGACGAUGCCAAAUAGCCUACUUAUGAUGGCACCCAGAAUCAUCGACAGAAGAACCAUGACAGCUUUCAACGCACCAAGAGUAGUGCAGGUACCAGUAACGGUGCCUUUGAAUACUGUUGCAGGAUCAGCACCUACGCAUGUUUGCACUUGCACACCAACAGUUCUAGCGCCAACAGCCAUGGGAACAGGAACCAACCUUCAUUUUCCAACACGAGUGAUACAAGUGCAAGUACCAGUUCCUGUGAACAGGGCAGUAGCAGCAGCGCCAACAGCAGGUGCUUCAGCAGCAGUAGGAGCAGUAGCAGCAGCCUCAACAACAUCAGUGACAGCAACAUCAAGUACAGUGACCAACCUACAAAUGAUGACACACAGAUUUGUUGAUUCGAACAACACCAAUGUACUUGCAGCACCUAAAGUUGAACAAGCACCAGCAGCCACAAACACUGCAGCAGUAAAAGUAGCGUCAGCAGAAGAUACCUCACCAGCAACAUUGGCAGUGUCAAGAGGGUCAUUUGAGCGACAUAUGAUAGCACACAAGUUCAUUAAUCUGGACCCAGCCAAAGCUUUUCCACGGCAGAAAGUUGCAAAUGUGCAGCAACAAGCACCAGGAGGUAUGGACUCUGUAGCAGCACCAGAAGUUGUACAAGCACCAGCAGCCACAAACACUGCAGCAGCAGUGGGGACAACAAUCGAAACCAACCAAGACAAGCCAAUUUUCAAGGAUGCUGGCACAAGCAUGGACUCGGUUCCAGCAGUUGACUUGCCACUAGUCCCGCUGGUGUUGGAGAAUGUUGCCGGUGGUCUUUCAACACAAGGAUCUGGGGAUAACUUCAGGCUUGUCUUGGACCUCUAUAAGAUGAUUUCUGACAUAAAAUCAAAGUCAAUGCACUUAAGCACUGCCCAGCUUGUUCUUUCAAUGAAAAGCGCUUUGCUUGAGUAUCGUCUGCAUUUCCAGAGGCAACAGUGCAACACCUUAGAGGUAAAACGCAAGCUCAUCACAGGCCAGGCACCCAUACCAGAGGCACUUGAUGCUCUUGAUGCAAAGCUCAACGAAGCAAGACUGGCUAUUGAACUGCUAAAUAGUGCCAAUCGGGAACUAGAUGAAGUUGGAAAGAAAAUGCAACAUAAUAAGAAGCUGACAAGGCUUGUGCAUGUUCUACCACUUUUGAGGCUGCGACUGAAACAUAUGCUGCCCCUGCAGCGAGUGGCAAACAAGCAGCAUCUUGAGCAAGUCCAAGAGGAACAAGAUAAACAGCAGCAGCCGCAACAGGAACUGCUUCAGGAACCGCUUCAGGAACCGCUUCAGGAACCGCUUCAGGAACUGCUUCAGGAACCGGUUCAGGAAUCGCUUCAGGAACUGCUUCGGAAACCGCUUCAGAAACCGCUUCAGGAACCGCUUCAGGAGCCGCUUCAGGAACCGCUUCAGGAACCGCUUCAGGAACCGCUUCAGGAACCGCUUCAGGAACCGCUUCAGGAACCACUUCAGGAACCACCUCAGGAACCACUUCAGGAAGCGCUUCAGGAGCCUCAGCAGAACCAGUAACAGUAACAAGUUACAUGCAGGCAUGUGUGUCCACAGAAUGCUGUUCUCCGCAGUAGCAGUCUCAGUACCAGAACUAUUGUGUAUCCUAGUGCAGCAGCAAAGGACUGUGGUGUUGCAUGCAGGUGCAGUGUAAUUGUUACUGAUGCCUAUAAGUGCUGGGUAUCACAACACUUCCACACAGUUGAUUCAUCAUUGCAUGCAAAUCGGCUGAUGGAGGUUUCCCAGCAGCUGCUGAUUGUGACACACCUUGUGUUGGAACCAUGGCCUAGGACAAGCAGACAGUGAUUUUUUAUUCAUUACCUGCAGUCCUUAAGCUAGUCCUUGGGGCACUGUGCUUCACUGUUCAUUCUUCUAGUGCACAAUACUGUGUCUGCAAAGCACUGUUUACUGUAAGGCUAGUGGAAACAGCCUUGGAAGUGUGAGCAGGCACCAUUCAGAUGCAGUUGCAGCACACAGCAUUUUUGAGAGAGACAAGUCAAGCUCCGCCAUGCCAAAGGUUUCAGAUGCAGGAAUGGGAAUGGUGCUGAAAUUCUGUUCACCGUUCUACUACGGGUUGAUUCGACACUCUUGUAGCCAUGGUAACAGCCAACAUUAUUGGUAGUUGCAAGAAUAUUGUUUACUAAGGUGGGCAUGCCCGCUGUGCUCCUAUUAUUGAGAUGGUCCAUUGUCAUUUCCCCUGGCCAUGGCUGUUAGUGCCACAGAUGGUAACGAACCUUCAAUGUCUUGUUGUCUUAUUCAAUGUCUUAUUGCUGUGCUGUGAUCAGGGCUCCAUGCGCUGAUUCCUAAAGUUGAUGCUAGCAUAUUUGUCAUUUCGAUGAGUGAUACUGCUUAAGUAUCCUGCUGAAACAGCGGGCCUGUCUUUCAGUACAUUGAGUUAUUAUUCCUGUGCACAGGAUCUGGCAGUGCAGCUUCUCUAGAUGUGGUCAUCAUUGCUGCACUUUUAGCCUAACAGAUAUUACCUCUGGCUUUUUUUUUUUUUUUUUGGCUGUGAAGACAUAUUGCCAGAAGUUAUAAUUUACAGCCGUGUUCUGUUGAUCAUCAUGUUCAUGUCUGUUAGGAACGGAUAUUUACGUUUGAGUUAUUUUGCAUUUGUGCUUUCAGCAAGUGCUGUUAUCUUGAAACAAUUGUAAUCACACAUAUUUAUUUAAAAAUUUUCUGAAAACUGAAAUUAAAAGAGUUCCUUCUCAUAUGCUUACUAGCCAUUGUUACUUUAAGCAAUAAGUUGUUCAUGCUAUUGAGAAAAGCCAAUGCUGUAUAUUUAAGGCUGUCAGGGCAUUUUAAAAAGGCACUGAUUUGCUGAGUUGCAUAAUUUGUUGCAAUCAUGAAAUACCCUAGUAAUGGUGUGGAUACAUAAUUGAACUGCUUGUGGAAAAGAAACCAGAGUGUCUAUCUUGUCAUUACAUAAGUAGGGUUCAGUGUUCAUUCGCUUUUUAUUAAAGUCAAAAUUUGAAGCUGCCGGAAAUAUACUUCAAUUAAACCUUAUUUCUUCAAUUAAAUCUUAAUUGAAGAAGUUGCUGUCUAAGUCGGUCAGUUAUGCAUUGUUCCAAGUAUUUCUGAAGCUCUUUCACUUGGUAGCAGUUGGCAUUUAAUUAGAACUCGUUAACUAAUGUUAUUGGCACUAAAAAUAUUUUUGCACCUAUUUUGCCAUCACAAGUUGGUUGUAAUAGAAUUAAAGUAUAACUAGUAUAAAUAAGGCUGUUUGAGAUCAAGGCUUAACUACAUCUCAUCAGUAGCCUUUCUCUUUCUUUUUUAAGCUGCUUUCUCUCAGUAACUAUGCACACAUUGUGUAAUGUUUGUUGCCAUAUGUCUGGACCAAUUUACAUAACUACCCGAUUUAUAUGUAUUGCAGUCACCUUUUCACUGCCUCUGUUUGUGUACAAUUGGUUAGUUACAAUGGCACUGAUUUGCCUGAAUAAGGAAAGUAACACAGAAGUUUGGGACAAAGCAGUUCAGGUCAUACUCGUGCAAUAACAGGUGUUGCUGUAAAAUACUGUGAACUUCUAGGCUGGUCACUGAACUUUAAAAAGAUUGGUCAGAUUUGCGUGAAAAGAUAGCGACAAAAG